UUAUUGUUUGCGCGGAUUUUAUUUUGGUUGAUAAUUUUCUAAAAUUAUUUAGUUUUGUGUUUACAAACCUAUGGAUUGAAAAAAUAUUUAUGUUGAUUAAAGAAUUUAGUAAAUAAAUUUACAAAUAUUUGUAUUAAAUAGAAGUUAAAGUUAUAAAAUCUGGAAAUAAGCAGAAAAAUGUCCAAGAAAAUAACAGCAUCACAGAAAUCCGGAACAAUCAAAACAAAGCAAAUGUCUUUGAGUUCAUUUUUAGGUUGUAGUCAAAAUAAAAAAGAUAUUACACUAGCAGCAGAAAGAAAACCAAUGAAUCCUAUUUAUUUGGACUCCGAUACAGAUGAAGAACAGGAAGAUGAUGUAAGAAGUACCACAAGUUCACAUAAGUCCAAAGAACUACCAGCCAAAACGGAUAACAAUAAAAAUAAUAUAUUUAUUAAGAAAUAUGUUUAUGAAGAUGUUGAUAAAUCACCUUUAGCACCUAUAAAAACUAAAACCAAUGAAACAGACUUAAAACAAGAAAAAUUAUCCACUUCUAUAUUAAACUCCCCUAUGAAAAUUAACUUUGAUGAUAUCGAAAAUACCUACCAAACGUCUAUGAAAUCUCUUAACGAAAGUAUAGAAAAAUUGACCAGGGAACGCAGUAAAUUUACACUUACACCAAUUAAAAAUUCUACCUCAACAGCAGCAUCAACUGAAUCCCCUAAAGUCCUAAAUGUACCAUCUGAAGGACAUCUGGAUGAUAGUUUUGAUGAACUGGUCAAUCAAACUUAUCGAUUCAAAAACAAUAACCGCGUCUCAGCUGCCAGUAAUAGAACUGUAAUUGAUCUUAAUAGUAAAUUUGGUAAAACAAAUGAUGAUUACUCAAUAAAACCCAAAACAGUCGAUGACAAACCACCGGAGCCCAUAAAAACAAAUUUUGUGAAUGUCUCAGAACCCGCAACAUCAAAAACAACAACAACUAGUGAUAAUUUGAGCAGCUCUAAAAAAGCGGAAAAAUCCAAUAUCAAUAUAGUUUUUGAAAGUGGGCUUAAUGAUUAUUUGUGUGAUUUAAUGCAAAGUCAUCAUUUUAAAACGGGUGUUAACGAAGAAAACAUUCAUGUACUUAAAUCAAGCUUAUCCUUUUUCAAAACGAAAUACUCAGAAUUAAUGGAAAAAUAUUGCAAUAUAAUUGAUCAAAUACCAGCCGAUUAUUUUAACUCUAUUGGAGGCUUUGAGCCGGGUACAUUUCUGAAAUUAAAAAUAAUACGACAAAAAUUCAAAGCUAAAACUAAAUUACUAAAUACUACAUUGGAAAAAGUAGAGCAGCAACAAAACACACAUUUUAAUAUAGAUGAUGUAGAGACGGAGGAUGAAGAAGAGAAGCCACAAAAAUUAAAUAAAAUAACAUCGCCCACAAAAAUUGAAGUGAAACCGAUUAGACCCACAAUACAGCUGGAACCUGAACCCGAUUUUGAUAUCGAUGAUAUGGAGGAAGAGGAAAGACAAAUAAAAGCCGAACAAAAUGAAAUGAACAAAUGGAAUAAGCCUGCUACUAUCGAAAGCAACUAUUGUAAUGGAGCGCCUGAGGACGAAGAUGAUUUAAUAGAAAUUAAGCCCAUCAAUAGUAAAGAAAAAAUCUCUGCCGUUAAUGUAGAAAAAAUGUCGGAAUUAACGCGUUUUAGGGAAGAAUUAGUACAUGAUCUAUGUGAAGAUGAAGAGGAAGAAGAUGAGGAACAAACUUAUUUAAAAGAAACCAUAUGUUUGGAUGACGAUGAUGACGAUAACAACUAUAACUAUACUACGGAUACAAAAUCAACUAAUGGAAAUAUUCUGGGCGCAGAGGUUGAAGAUGAUUGCGAAUUGGAUGAUUUAUUAAAUGAUAUUAAAGAACAAGAUAAUGAGCUAAAGGGACGUCAAUCACUUUUUAAUGGUUAUGCCUAUAGAGAUUUUGAGGAAGAAAAGCAACCGAUUAAAGAGCAGCCAUCAGCACAACGUAUCACAUUUCCGGUGGAAACAAAUCAAAAAGCUAAAACACCUGAACUUGAUGAAGAUGGAUUUCCAAUAUAUGAUCCCGAACAAUUUGAAUUGGCCUAUUCACAAGCAGCGGCAAAACUUUCUACAACCUACAAUUCGACUUCAACUAGCACUGCUACUGCCAACACUAUAACUAUUGAUGAUGACGAUGACGAUUUCGAUAAUCGACCCAGUACUAGCCACCGUUCAUCUUUAGCAAAUGAUUUGCUAAAAACGCCCACAACAAAAACGGAUAUACGGCCGAGUUUAACAAAAUCUGCUCAAAAAGUAGCUGGUAAUUUUCAUUCAAAUGUUCAUAAUGAUGGCAUAACCGGUGAAUUCGAUGGAUGUAAUUAUCCACAUUCGGAGCGUAUGAUGCAAGCUUUACGCUUUAAUUUUGGUCUUAAAAGUUUUCGUCCCAAUCAAUUGCAGGUGAUAAAUGCUGCUCUCUUGGGGCAUGAUUGUUUUGUUCUAAUGCCAACGGGUGGUGGCAAAUCAUUGUGUUAUCAAUUACCUGCCAUUCUUACAGAGGGAGUUACAAUUGUUAUCAGUCCUCUAAAAUCGCUAAUUUCCGAUCAAGUAAAUAAAUUGUCUUCACUGGAUAUCUAUGCCAAAAACUUUUCAGGUGAUCAAUCUAUACAAGAACAACGUGCAAUUUACUGUGAUUUAGAGACCACACCGCCACGCAUUAAAAUUUUAUAUGUGACCCCCGAAAAGAUAUCAAGUUCGGCUAAAUUUCAAGAUCUUUUAGAUACUCUAUAUCAGAAAAACUCUAUUAGUCGCUUUGUUAUAGACGAGGCUCAUUGUGUAUCACAGUGGGGUCAUGAUUUCCGUCCCGACUAUAAACGUUUGGGCAUAUUAAGAAAACGUUUUCCGAAAGUCAAUACCAUGGCUUUGACCGCAACUGCAACGCCUCGUGUAAGACUGGAUAUAUUAAAACAGUUAAACUUAACAAAACCCAAAUGGUUUUUAUCUAGUUUUAAUCGCAGCAAUCUUAAAUACACUGUAUUGCCGAAAAAAGGUGCCGCCACUUUGGAAGAUAUCAAAACAUUUAUACGCUCGCGUCCCUCUACCGAUAGCGGCAUUAUUUAUUGUUUAUCACGCAAAGAAUGUGAUGAUGUAGCGAAAAGUAUGUGUUCGGCUGGCGUAAGAGCAUGUGCUUAUCAUGCUGGCCUAAGUGAUAGUGUACGAGAGUCCAGACAAAAGGAUUGGAUAACGAAUAAAGUACGUGUAAUAUGUGCUACCAUAGCAUUUGGUAUGGGCAUUGAUAAGCCCGAUGUACGUUUUGUUUUACAUUACUCCUUGCCCAAGUCUAUAGAGGGCUAUUACCAGGAAGCCGGUCGCGCUGGACGCGAUGGUGAAUUAGCCCACUGUAUUUUGUACUAUAACUAUGGAGAUAUGUUACGUUAUCGCAAGAUGAUGGAUAUGGACAGAUCUAUAAACUAUGAUGUUAAAAGAAUUCAUGUAGAAAAUUUAAAUCGUAUUGUGGGUUAUUGUGAAAAUGUUACAGAUUGUCGUCGAGCCCAGCAGUUGGAUUAUUUCGGUGAACAUUUUACCCGUGAGGAUUGUUUGAAAACUAAAGAAACUGCUUGUGAUAAUUGUUUAAAGCAGAAACGUUAUCAGAAAAUCGAUGCUUUGGAACAUUGUCGCAAAGUUGUGCGCUGUGUAAAGGAUUUAUGUAGUGGACGUUCCCGAUUUACUCUACUGCAUAUUGCUGAUGUUCUUAAAGGUUCGAAUAUAAAGAAAAUCAUUGAUAAUGGUCACAAUAAAACACCACAUCAUGGUAUUCUUAAAGAUUGGGAUAAAGCCGAUAUUCAAAGACUAUUACGUAUAAUGGUUACACAGGAAUAUUUACGUGAAGAUCUUAUAUUUGCCAAUGAUAUACCCCAGGCGUAUAUCUAUUUAGGAGCUAAAGUAGAUAUAAUUAUGAAAGAAAAACUCACUAUGGAAUUCCCAUUGACGCGCAAAGAAGGUAAAGCCCAGGCACUUGGUCUUAGUAAUGAUAUGGUCGAGAGUGCGAACAAGGCAUCAUCGAAAAGUAGUCAACAACUUAAAGAUAUCUAUGAACGUUGUUAUUCCGAUCUACUUGAUCUUUGUCGUACAAUUGCGGCUGCACGUAAUGUUACCAUGGCUAGUAUUAUGAAUAUACAGGCCAUUAAGGCUAUGGCAGAGCAACUACCCGAAACUGAAGCGGAAAUGUGUUCAAUACCUCAUGUAACAAAGGCGAAUUUCGAUAAAUAUGGUGAAAAGUUAUUAGAGAUAACACGAAAUUAUGCAGCCGAAAAAUUAUGUUUGCUAAUGGAUCUGGAGGAGUUGGAAGAAGUGGAAAAAGAAAAGGCGUCUUCCACAAGUUCAACACUAAAACGCGUACGUGCGGAUAGUAGCGAUGACAUGGAUGCUGAUGAUGGUGAAGAUUGGGGUAGAGCUGCGGCUUCGCAAGGUAGUGCUAACGCUAGUGGUAGCGGUAGUUAUCGUGGUGGUAAAAGAAAACGCAGUUGGCGGGGUGGAGGCGCCAAGAAAUAUCGUAAAUCUGGUGGUGCGGCAGCUUCCUCGUCAUGGGGUGCAGCCGCAACAUCUUCCCCUAGACGUAAGUACACCAGUAAAAAGAGUUUUGGUUCACCGGCACGAAAAAAAGCAGCUCGUGGUGGUCGAGGAGCAUCAAGUGCUGGAGCACGUAGUAGUGGCGGUGGUGGCACAUGGAUUGCAAAGAAAACAGGUACGAGUGGCGGUUUUCAAUUGAUGCCUUUACCAACUUCAAAAUAGUAUUGUUUUUUAAUUAAAAAAUCUUUUUUCGUUACUAUACAUAUAAUUUCAUAUAGUUUUUUGUAUUUUAUCACUUUUUUAGAUUACUUAAGAGCAUUAAUAAGCAUUUAUAAAAAUAGUCGUUAAUUUAAUAAAUAAAUUAUGUUUUUUUUAAUUUAAUUGAAAUACAAA